GCUCCCCUUUUCCUCCCUCCGCGCCCCAAAAAUGCAGCGCCGCUUCUGCACCCUCCUCCUGCUGGCGUCCCAGUGCAUGGGCUCGGCCGCCGGGCUCUUCCCCUUCGGGGAGCCCGACUUCUCCUACAAGCGCUCCAACUGCAAGCCCAUCCCCGCCCCGAUGCUGCUCUGCCGGGGCAUCGAGUACCAGAGCAUGCGGCUGCCCAACCUGCUGGGGCAUGAGACGGUGCAGGAGGUCCUGGAGCAGGCCUCCACCUGGAUCCCGCUAGUGCAGAAGCAGUGCCACCCCGACACCAGGAAGUUCCUCUGCUCCCUCUUCGCCCCCGUCUGCAUCGACGACCUGGACGAGAUCAUCCAGCCCUGCCACUCGCUCUGCGAGGAGGUGAAGGAGAGCUGCGCCCCGGUCAUGUCCGCCUUCGGCUUCCCCUGGCCCGACAUGCUGGACUGCAGCCGCUUCCCUAAGGACAACGACCUCUGCAUCCCGCUGGCCAGCAGCGACCACAUCCUCCCGGUCACCAGGGAAGCACCCAAGGUCUGCGACGCCUGCAAAAACAAAAACGAGGACGAUAACGACAUUGUGGAAAACCUCUGCAAAAAUGACUUCGCCUUGAAGAUAAAAGUGAAGGAGAUUGCCUACAUCAAUGGGGAUACCAAGAUCACCCCCGAAACAAAGAGCAAGACCAUCUACAAGCUGAAUGGGCUCACGGAAAGGGAUCUGAGGAAGAUCGUGCUCUGGCUCAAAGGUGGCCUCCAGUGUACCUGCGACGAGAUGAACGACAUCAACGUCCCCUACUUGGUGAUGGGGCAAAAGCAAGCUGGGGAACUGGUGAUCACCUCUCUGAAGCGGUGGCAGAAAGGGCAGCGGGCUUUCAAGCGGUUCUCCCGCAGCAUCCGCAAACUGCAGUGUUAGUGGCUUCGGCUCUGGCCACCUCCAGCAGCCGCCUCUGUCCCGAGCUCUCCGGGCCUCCUGCACCUUCUUGCUUCGGCCCCUCUGAGCCUCGAGAUGCCACGGGCACGUCCGAGAGGGGAGGGAGCCCUCCGUUUUUGUACAUAGGUUAAAAUGUAAUAAAAAAACAAAAAAUCAUGACUAUUUUUGGGAAGUAUUAAAGUAUCUCGCGUAAAGCUUCUUUUUUUUUUUUUUUAUGGUUGCAAACGUGACUUUGGUCUGAGGUUUUUCCCUCUUCAUUUUGGUAAUGCUGGUUCAUUUAUAUUGCUGCUUCUCUGUAUACAUGCAUGUUUGUUGUGCAAAAAGUAGGAGAUGCAGAGAAAGACAGCCACGCGUGCGACUGGCCUGUCACAGUGGGUACGACUCUUUCACCAAGGUGAAAUGGCUUGCCAUCUAUAUUAAACGCUAUAAAGGUCAUGUUACGACUCUUGCAUGUGAUACAUAGGCACCAGUAAGAGCAUAUUAACCACUCUCACAUUUUAUUUUCCACAAGUCUGAGCCCUUCUCUUGCAGAAAAAAAUGGAACAAGUUUUGGAGCUGGUUGAUCUGAAUGCAAUUUUUUUGUUAUUUUGCAAAUUAAACCACCUAUAGCUGUAAUAUACCUAGUGGUUAACCUGAAAGAGUUGUAAAAUAUUGCUUUAAUUAACCUUGUAAAUACUCCAGAUAAAUGUUAUAUUCUUGUAUAUAAACUUUACAUCAUAGUUUACCCAUUGUCUUGGUCUGUAUUCACUUUAAUCUGUUUUGGGAGAACUGGGAGAAAGCUGUCCAACUGGGCUUUGUCACGGCAAAGCAAAAUUUGGCCUUCCACCCCACGUGGCCAGCAGAGAAGUACAAGGAAGCAACUAGUGCUGCAAUGAGAAAAAACAUAGUGGACCUCACUUCCCCAAAGAUGAGCCCACAAGACAUGGGACGGAGGUUCAGUCAACUCACUUUAACAUGUGUCUGUUGAGCUUUUCAAGACGAAGUUUUCUGUGGCUCCUUUGUUCGACUGCCUGCAUUUUCAUCUCAUCUCAGAAGACUCUGCUUUUUGCUGAUGUGGAAUUGCAGUGAGACCAUUUGUUUAAAUAUCAAAUCCAUUUAUCCAUUUCUUACAGUUGAAAAAGACAUCUGAGGAGUGCAAAAGUAGACAGAAAAGUCUCAUUUGCAACUAGCAAUUCAGAAUAAUGGUAGAGCAAGGCAUGUUUUGUGUGUAUGUACACUCACUAUUCUUACCGAGAAAGAAAAUAAAACCUACCUAAUAGUGUAACUAGA